AUGGCCGCAAUGCUCUCGUGGUCUCCAGACAUAGGAGGAGGUGACGAGGAGGAUGUCGGCAUCGGCUCCGGCAAUGAGGGUAGGGGCGGGCGGCGGGCACGACUCCAGCAGCGCAAGCCUAGCGUCGCGGAGCCGAGUGAGGGCCCCGGGACGAAGGAAGCUGAUGUGGUUGCCGUCGAAGAAGGCGAGUGGCGGGCGAGUGACGAAAAUGCAUACCUGCAAAAUGCACAGAUCAUGGCAGAGAAGUUACUCCCACAUGGAUAUCAGUAUGCAGUUAUUGAUUUCCUCUGGUACCGGAAAUAUGUUGAAGGUUCAUACACAGAUUCAUAUGGAUUUGACAACAUUGAUGAAUGGGGUCGACCUUUUCCGGACCUUCAAAGAUUUCCAUCAUCUAGAGUCGAUAGAGGGUUCAGUCAAAUUGCCAGUAAGGUUCAUGGAAUGGGCUUGAAAUUUGGCAUCCAUUUGAUGAAAGGGAUAAGUGUGCAGGCUGUUGAUGCAAACACGCCUAUCUUGGACAUUAAGACGGGAAAACCGUAUCUAGAGGAUGGCCGUCAGUGGACAGCACGAGACAUAGGUCUCAGUCACAGAACUUGUGCAUGGAUGACGCAUGGAUUUAUGAGUGUUAAUACGGAUAUUGGAGCUGGACGGGCCUUCUUAAGAUCUCUUUAUCGACAGUAUGCUGAUUGGGGUGCUGAUUUUGUAAAGGUUGAUUGUAUCUUCGGCACAGAUUAUAGCCCAGAAGAAAUCAUCACUAUUUCAGAGCUAUUGCAAGAAAUUGAUCGUCCGAUCAUCCUGUCAAUCUCACCAGGAACUUCAGUUACUACAGCAUUAGCUGAGAAUAUUAGUGAUCAUGUUAACAUGUAUAGGAUAACUGGAGAUGAUUGGGACAACUGGAAGGAUGUGAGCUCACAUUUUGGUGUGUCAAGUUCCUUUGCUGCUGCUAAGAAGAUUGGUGCCACUGGGUUGCGAGGAAGAUCUUGGCCAGACUUAGACAUGCUUCCAUUUGGAUGGCUUACUGAUCCAAGUGUAAAUCAGGGCCCUCACAGGAAAUGUAACCUUACUCUUGAUGAACAGAAAGCACAGAUGGCACUUUGGUCAAUGGCUAAAUCACCUCUCAUGUAUGGAGGAGAUUUAAGGAAUCUUGACGAUAGUACAUUAAACAUAAUUACCAAUCCUGCUUUGUUGAAGAUAAACCACUAUAGUAGAAAUAACAUGGAGUUCCAUUAUGUGUACAGUAAAAGGACUUCAAAUGAAGAACAUUCUGGUCACUUUAGGUCUCAUCCUGUUCACCUUACCAAGAAUGAUGGCAUGUUUGUCAGUCUCACUGCUUGCAACAACGAUGCAGCUAACGGAUGGUAUAUGUUUCCACAAGAUGGGAAACCAGAUCAUAUAUGCAGGAACUAUGAAAUACUGAAUGAUAAAAAUGUCUCAUUUUGCCUGGGAAAAACAAAACGUCUUCUUGCACCGGAUGUCAUUAUCAUGGACAACAAGGAACACCAAUCAAAGUUUCAUAUUUCAGUUACAAACACUGAUGAUACUUGUUUGGAUGCAUCUGCUGGUCGAAGGCAGACUGCCUCAGAGAUCAGGUUUCCUAUGUUCUCUGCAUGCAGGUGGCAUGCAAAACAGGAUUAUGUGCCACAGUGGAAUCAAGGGGACGAAGGAGGUACUAGUGGAGGUCGUGCAUGGGUUGCAACUGGAAGUAAAGGAGAAAUCUAUCUCGCGUUCUUCAACCUCGACUCCGUGAGCAGGAAGAUGACCGUACAAAUAUCAGAUCUUGGAAAGGUUCUCAAAAGAACUUUUUUGAAAGAACACCUAUGUAGGUGCACUGAAGUUUGGAGUGGAAAGAAUUUUGGCCCAGUGAAGGAAGAGAUUUCAGCAGUUGUCAAUUCGCAUGGCUCCAUGGUGUUUGAAAUCAUAUGUUGA